AGAAACAGCCUGACCUGUUCUGGGAGUCUUGGAUCCAGAUGACAGGUAGAGCCGAAGUGAGAGAGAGGACGCUCCCCGAAAUGGAAACAGGGAUGUUCAAGGAACUGAAGAUCUCAGUCCCCUGGGGACACAUCGCCAUUAAGGCCUGGGGGUCCUCCCAGGGCCAGCCCGUGCUCUGUCUGCACGGCUGGUUGGACAACGUCAACACCUUUGAUCGCCUCAUCCCUCUGCUGCCUCCAGGAUUUCAUUAUGUGGCGAUGGAUUUCAGAGGUCACGGUCUGUCAUCCCACCGGGCCCCGGGGGUCCUGUAUCACUUUGAAGACUUUGUGAGCGACGUUCUCAGAGUGGUGACUUCCUUGAAGUGGAACCGUUUUUCUCUCAUCACCCAUAGUUUUGGUGGAAUUGUUGGAGGAAUGUUUUCCUGCAUGUUCCCUGACAUGGUGUAUAAACUCAUUCUGCUGGAUUCUCUUCCCUUCAUCCUGGAAACCAAGGAGAUUGAGAACCUCCUGAGCUACAAGCGGAAGAUGAUUGAGCACAUGAUGCAGGUAGAGACUACUCCAUUUCGUCCCCCAACAGUGCUCCGCCUUCCCGAUAUGCUGGAGAGGUCCCGGAAAGUAAAUCCCCAAGUAGGAGAAGACGGUGAGAAGAUCUUACUGCAGAGAGGGGCAAGAGAGGAGGCUGGAGGUCUGGUGCUCAACAGGGACAGGAGACUUAAACAAAUGGAGUCGUGCAUUGAAUUCAUUAGCCAGGCCAGAUUCCUGAGUUUCAUCAAGAAAACCCAGGCCCGGAUCCUGCUGAUCAAGUCCACCAGGGGAUUUUUCAACUUGAGAAGAGAAGACGACCAAGACGGGAAGUUGGUGGAGUCAACGGUGGACUUACUGAAGUCCGCCCUGAAAGAGAGAUUCAAAUUUGUGACCGUAACGGGCAACCACUACAUCCACCUGAACGCGCCUCAGGUAGUAGCUGGGAUGAUUGGCUCCUUCUUAGAAAGUGGGCCCAAGCUGGGUGCCAGGCUAUAGCCCUGCUGUUCACGGCCAGCUGACUGGUCACUCAGACCACGAAGACCUUCUUGGCAGCUUGGCCCAUGGACCAGUGUGUCUUCAUACUUAUAAGAGCCCUAAAAGCCGACGGAAAAACGACGAUGUCAAGAGCCAGGGCCCCGUGGAGGCGAUAGCUACUGAGUCGUAAGCGCUAAAAGAGAGAAGAGCCUGAAUCUGGUGACAUUAAAGUCU